CAUCACUGGAGGCACGAGGAACCACAGACCCAGCGGCAACGUAGCAGCCAGGCGAUUCUGCUGAAAACUUCGUUGGGUUUGAGUCGCCAGACCACCGCCGGGGCGUCCUGCGUUGCUGGCUCGCGCUCGUUAUUGACCAAGGCGGCAUGUCAGGGGGUGCAGGUGCAGAGCGUGGUGGGCGAGGCGUGCCGCGUGGGCGAGGGCCCCGUGUGGGAGGGCGCGACGGGCACGCUGCUCUACGUGGACGUGCUGGCGCAGGACGUGUGCAGGUGGCACCCGCAUACGGGCACCGUGGAGAAGGUGCACCUGGACGAGACGGUGGGGUGCGCGGUGCCGCGGCGCGGCCGGGCGGGCUACGCGGUGGCGUGCGGCACCACGUUCGGCCUGCUGGACUGGGACGAGCGGCGCUUCACCCCGGUGGUAACCGUCGACAAGGACCGCCCCAACAACCGCUUCAACGACGGCAAGGUGGACCCAGCGGGGCGCUUCUUUGCCGGCACCAUGGGCCACGAGACGGCACCGGCCGUGCUGGAGCGGAAGCAGGGCUCGCUCUACAGCCUGCACGCCGCGGGCAGCGACGGCAGCGACGCCACCGCCACGCGCCACUUCCGCGACGUCGACAUCUCCAAUGGCCUCGACUGGUCGCUCGACAACGCCACCUUCUUCUACAUCGACAGCCUCGCCUACAGCGUGUUCGCCUUCAAGUACGACGUCACCACCGGCGCCCUCUCGGAUCGCAGGGUGGUGUACCGCUUUGAGCAGGAUGAGGCGAUCCCUGAUGGGCAGUGCCUGGAUGCGGAGGGCCGCCUCUGGGUGGCCUGCUACAACGGGGGCCGUGUCAUUCGCAUCGAUCCCGAAACCGGCAAGCGCCUGCAGGUGGUGAAGCUGCCCGUGUCCAAGACGACCUCCUGCUGCUUCGGGGGCCCCGACUACGCGGAGCUCUUCGUCACGUCGGCCUGCGAGGGGCUGGACGCCGCCGGGCUGGCGCGCGAGCCCCAGGCCGGGAACGUCUUCAAGAUCACCGGACUGGGUGUCAAAGGUCGCGCGCCCUUUGAGUACGCGGGUUGACGCCCAUCUCCUGGCGUCUUGCGAUGGGAUGGCAGCAGUGAUGAUUCGCAUGAAUAAUGAUUAUUUAUGAUUAUUAUAAUAAUGAUAAACCUCGAUCCGUGACGAUUGUAGCACUACAUAUUUUAAUUAGGAUUAAAGCAAUGAUGGCUUACGAUGAUGACUGGUGUAAUGAUGUGUGAUUUAUAUAUACAUACAAUGGCGGGGAAGUAAAAAUUUA